GACUAAAUGAGAGAGUUUUAUAACUGCGAAUUCAUCAGACUAAAUGAGAGAGUUUUAUAACUCCGAUCUCAAUAAGAUUUGAUAUUUGUUUUGAGAUUUCAUCGAGCUAUCGUACAUUGCCCGGUUAUUAUCUGCUUAUGAAUUUUCACUUUUUCGCAUGCAGCUGCUCAUAUCAAAAUACACUAGACUAUAUUAAGUUCCUUCUUCGUAUUAGCUGAUUAUUCUGUACCUGGAGAGCUGUUUGCUUUGUGAUUUUCUGAAGAAGUUGUAAUUGUGUGUAAAACAUUAUAGUGUUUAAAUCGUUUGAUAUGGAUAAUAAUUUUCCUAAUAUUUACUUGGUAUCCAAAUUUCCAAACAUUGCAGAGCAUUUAAAGAAUUUUCUGCCUAAAGAAUCUAACUUGAUUGUUGUACCUUUAACAGAUCAAGUGAAGCGAUGGGAUAAAAGUAUCAAACUUUCUGAUGAGGGAAAAGUCUUGAUUAAGGAUGCUGAAGUAUUAAUCAUGGAUUGCACUUAUUUAUCAGAGAUGUUAUACUCUCUUCCAAAUGCAAAAUGGAUACAAACAACAUGGGCUGGACUAGAAUUAUUGAUGGGAAGUGUUGAUAGGACCAAGCCACCACCUAAUUUUACUCUGACAAGAUAUGUAGACCCAUAUUUCGGUGAACUCAUGUCUAAUUAUGUCAUUGCUCAGAUAAUUAAUAUUGAAAGAGGCUUCUACGUGUAUCAUGAUGCACAGAAAACUGCUACAUGGUCUAGACCAUUUUUUCCUGAUUUUCGUGUGUUAAGUGAUCUUACUAUUGGUGUUUUAGGUGCUGGGAAAUUAGGAGCUUCAGUGAGUUCUUUAUUGAAGAAAGCUGGUUGUAGUGUAUUAGUGUUUGUCCGAAGUUCUCGGAGUGAUGGUCCUACAAAUAACUAUGAUGAAGUAACUACAGAGUUAAAUGAUGUUCUGGAGAAAUGUGAUUACUUGGUUAAUGUUCUUCCAAGCACUCCAGAAACUGAAGGACUUUUAGAUGGAGAUGUUUUGAAAAAUUGUCAGAAGAAACCUAUUUUUAUGAACAUUGGUAGAGGAGAUAUUAUUAAAGACAGCAGUAUAAUUAAAGCACUAAAAGCAGGCUGGAUAUCUAAAGCUAUUUUAGACGUUUUUGAAGUAGAACCAUUGCCACCAGACAAUCCAUUAUGGAACACUCCUGAGGUUUAUAUCACCCCUCACAUUGGAGCUAUUCCUAGAAUAGAAGGUAUUGCCAAAUUUAUUGCACAAAACUACAUGAGAUAUGUAAAAAAGGAGCCACUACUAAAUGAGGUGGAUUGGAAGAAAGGAUAUUGAUGGAAAAAUUACAGAAUGUGAAGCUUGCAACUUUUUUAGUAUAUAGUUGCAUUAAUCUGUUUCUAAAAAUAUAUUAUUACAUUUAUAAAUUUUUAAAGCUUUUUAUUUUAUUGAGAACUAUAAUGUUUUAAUCAGGUUUUACUGCCUAUUUUUAUUGAAGUUUGUAAUAAUUUUCUUUUUGGUUGACAUAAAAUUUAAGAAGUUA